AUGGUUUUUCUAGACAAUCUUGACAGUGCAUUGAUCUAUCAGCACAUAUUGGUCCUUGUGUUUCCUGAUGUUUUCAAAACAUAUGAUUUGCGGUGGAAAAAUACAGAGUUGAUUGACAGGUGCAUAGGUUCAAAAAUAUGGGUGAUAAUGAAAGGGGACAAGGAACUUGUCGGUACUCUUAGAGGCUUUGAUGUUUAUGUCAACAUGGUUCUUGAAGAUGUAACUGAAUACAUUUCUGAUUAUCAACUUGACUGUUUGAAUUUGUACUUAACAGAGGACUUGGUUACCAUGGCUUUUGCGUCUUCAUGA